AGGGAUAAUUUGGGGAAUCAACGUGUAUGGCGUACUCUAUCACAAAUCAGGCGGUAUGUGGGUAUAUAUGGGCAAACCAUUCAAAUGGGUUUCCUGUGGCAAAUUUGGAUGUUGGGCUAUAACCUCGGGAGGUUUGGCUUAUUUCAGAGUUGGCGUGACAGGGAGUAAUCAUGGCGGCGAUUCCUGGGUGAAUACUGGCGGUUCAUUCAAACAGCUGGAUACAGGGGUGAGGGGUGAGGUGUACGCCGUGGACGAUGCGGGACAAGUGUAUACACGCGAGGGUGUUACCGAAAAUUUACCCUACGGAACAAAAUGGUCAAAAUUUGGAAAUAUGUUGUUUAGCCAUGUCAGUGUUGGGGAGAAAAGUGUGGUUGCUGCCGCGAGUAAUGGGUAUGACUACUGGUUGGACAUACCGUAA